GACCAGCCAGCGGCGGAGGGUUUUCACCGCCGGACCGAGGGGGGAGGCGGCCGCCCGGGGCUCGGAUCCUGAAGGAAAGUGGCGGUUGGUGUUUGAGCCGGAGCCCGGGGGGAGGAGGAUAAACCAGAGAGAGGGAGAGGAUGAACCUGGAGCUGCUGGAGUCCUUUGGACAGAACUACCCAGAGGAGGCGGAUGGAACUCUGGACUGUAUCAGCAUGGCCCUCACCUGUACCUUUAACAGGUGGGGUACCUUGCUUGCUGUGGGGUGUAACGACGGUCGCAUUGUCAUUUGGGACUUCCUGACGAGGGGUAUUGCCAAAAUCAUCAGCGCACACAUCCAUCCAGUUUGUUCAUUAUGUUGGAGUCGCGAUGGGCACAAACUAGUCAGUGCGUCGACCGAUAACAUUGUGUCGCUGUGGGACGUUCUGUCUGGAGAUUGUGACCAGAGGUUCCGAUUUCCUUCACCAGUUCUCAAAGUGCAGUUCCAUCCCAGAGAUCAGAACAGGGUCCUUGUCUGCCCGAUGAAAUGUGCUCCAGUGUUAUUAACUCUCUCUGACUCUAAGCACGUGGUUCUACCUGUAGAUGAUGAUUCAGAUCUUAAUGUUGUGGCAUCUUUUGACCGACGAGGAGAAUAUAUUUACACAGGGAAUGCCAAGGGAAAGAUCUUAGUUCUAAAGACUGAUUCACAAGAUCUGGUAGCCUCAUUCAGAGUCACAACAGGCACUAGUAACACCACGGCGAUCAAAUCUAUCGAAUUUGCGAGGAAAGGGAGCUGCUUUCUAAUAAACACAGCAGACAGAAUCAUCCGAGUAUAUGACGGUCGGGAGAUCUUGACAUGUGGGCGAGAUGGGGAGCCCGAACCAAUGCAGAAGCUGCAGGACUUGGUGAACAGGACUCCCUGGAAGAAAUGUUGUUUCUCUGGUGAUGGGGAGUACAUCUGUGCUGGAUCAGCACGGCAGCACGCGCUCUACAUGUGGGAGAAAAGCAUUGGAAACUUGGUGAAGAUUCUUCAUGGCACCCGAGGAGAGCUGUUGUUGGAUGUAGCAUGGCACCCUGUCCGACCGAUCAUAGCCUCGAUAUCCAGUGGAGUCGUGUCUAUUUGGGCUCAGAACCAAGUGGAAAACUGGAGUGCAUUCGCUCCAGACUUCAAAGAGUUAGACGAGAAUGUUGAAUACGAAGAGAGAGAAUCUGAGUUUGAUAUUGAAGAUGAAGAUAAGAGCGAGCCUGAACAGACUGGUGGCGAUGCGGCUGAGGAUGAAGAGGUUGAUGUCACAUCCGUCGAUCCUAUUGCUGCUUUUUGUAGCAGUGAUGAAGAGUUUGAAGACUGCAAAGCUCUCCUCUACCUCCCAAUAUCUCCAGAAGUGGAGGAUCCUGAAGAGAAUCCCUAUGGACCACCUCCUGAAGCAGUGCAGACCCCAGGAGCUGAUGACCUGAACAAUCCGGAUAAGAAACGACAGGCGUCCACUGAUGGGUCACAGCCGCCAAAGAAGAAACCCAAGAUGACGACUAUUGAGCUGCAAGGAGUUCCGUGUGAUGAAGUUCACCCGUUGCUGGGUGUGAAGGGCGAUGGCAAGUCGAAGAAAAAGCAAGCAGGCCGGCCAAAAGGAACGAAAGGUAAAGAGAAAGAUUUCAUUAAGUCGAAAGCCUUCAAAGGGGACAGAGGUCAGCCUUUGGAAGGAGCAGUGAAGGGCAAGGAGCUAGCGGAGGUGGCUGAGCCACCCGCAGGAGGAGGUGUUAUUUCUGACCUGCUGUAAACACGGCUGAUGAUGAUUUUUCCAUCAUCGUUGACAUUAUUGAGCUACCUUCAUACUUCUUAGUGUGAUGCAGCACCUGGGAAGAGAAUGACUGUCGGCCACUUUGUUGGCCAAAGAGAAAAGGAACCUUCAUGAACCGAAGGGAUGGAUAGGCCCUUCAUCCCUCCUCGAACUAUGGGCAUUGAAACAUCAGUCAGCUGAAGAUCUCUUACAGUUCACCAGGAAAACUGACGUGUAAUUUCUGUCUUCACAUGUCAUACAGUGAAUAUAUUACUAUUUAUAUGGAAAUAUAACAAGCAAGGCACUCAAGUCUGAGAAGAUGAACAAAACUAUCAUCCUCCAGUUUUGCUUUUGUAGUAGUUAUUGAUGGGUGUCCCUUUCAUGUUCUGGGAGGUCACAGGACUGACAUGUCAGGUGCACUGUAAAGUUUCAUAAAAUCCGGUUCCAGAGACACACAACCUCCCUCUCCAUCACGUAUUUUUCUUUUAAAGAAGAACUAUUUGUGGUAACCUUGAGAGAUCUGGGUGCUUGUAUAUCUUUUGUACUGGUUUGUUGUAUAACUAGCUGGCGGUGAAUGGCUAAAUAUCGUAGAUUUAACUUUUUUGUUAUUUCUUUGUUUAUGAAGUGGACUGAUAAUCCUGUUGUGGGCUAUAACUAAUGCCUCUAUUGAAGUGAGGGUUGGCAGUUGCUUUUUUCUUACUUUUCCCUUCCCUUGAUCUUUCAAAGUGUAGCACUUCCACUCAGCAGUUGUACAUCUUCACAAUCUGUACCAACUGGCUGUAUCUAACUAUUGUGCUGUCGCAAAUCCCUAUCCCUUCUCCUGUUGAGGAACCUUAGGGAUCUGAAUUUCCCCAGGCUUUCUGCUGGUGCAGGAGGCUGGUAGAAGAUUCCUAUCUGGUUAUGCUUCCGGUCUAAGUGAGGACCUGGCAUUUGAGUGGGCAGUCAGUACACCAACUGGGGUGGAGUUGGACUGGCAUCCCAAAGGAUACCUGCCUCCAAUCAGUGAAAUCAUUGCCAGGCCCAACUGCUGAUCGGUUCCUGAACUUGGAGAUUCAUCUCUCGAAUGGUUUACAGUGAAUCUUUCGACCUCUUAGUUCAACCUCUGCAGCCCCAGAGCCCUGUCCAGCAACACUGAGAUCGGAUAUUAUGGAGGCAUCGGAUAGAUGAGUCCCCAAAAUCGGCCCGUUCUGGGAAGGGCUUCUCUCACUGAUCUUAAAAACUGUAGACCAGUCAGGUCAGGAGAGCGAUGUCAGAGUUACAGCUGGAAUAGCUGCCAGUGCUCAAAUAGAAGUGCUCAAUCUGUUUAUGAUUACUGGUGCUCCCAUGUGGACAGGGCAAGACAAUUCACAUAAAGUAGAGAUUCCAGGAGAUGAGGGUGAACAGGAUAAUUUUGAUGGCCACCUUCAAUUUAAUUUGUUUAUUAUCUGAAAUAAGCCUCUCCAUCAAUUAACUUUUAACUAACUCUUAUUUGUUCACUUUCACAAAUAAUGAAGUCCUGUUUUAAUAUUCAGUGACACUAUGGACGAAUUCUGAAGGCUUAGUCAGCUAGUGAAUGGGUACCGUUGUGUCAAUGGAAGAAACUUCUUGUCUCCACUCUCUACACACACACAAUCCAAAGAUGUCUUCUCACAUGCACGCAUGUACAUAGACACAUGCACACCUAACCUUUACCCCAUAUGUGCAUAUUCAAAACCCACGCUCCCUAAAAUGUGACUGUCCCUGUGCACCUGAAAUGUCUAUCACCUGGUAAUGAAUACCAAAGUCUAACCCCAUGCAUACAAGGGGAGGGCCCAUUAAAUGGAAAAAUUCAAAGCUCCCACCCAAGCAGAUAAAUGAUACCUUGAUUUGAAGCUGCAUGAUUAUUUUCCAGUCAUUCCAGUGUCUCGAUGUUUUCUAACUGUUACACAAGUGCUCCCCCAGCCCCACCACCACCUGCCCAAGUGUUUCAUGUUUCCUUGUUUCACUUUUUUCUUUCUGUAAUACUGAUGGUCAAUUGGAGCAGCUUGGCCGAAGAGAAUCUGCUCGUUGUAAAAAGUAGCAUUUACAGCUGCACGUGCGAAAUACUGAGUCCCGAGAAAAUUCUGAAUGAAAGUAUGAACCAUUGACAAAUUAUGAUACAGAAAAGAAGUCUAUUGUUGUCUGUGUGGCACAGAAUGUUGUAACAUGAUAAAUACUUUUAAAAUCGACAAGGUUCUCUUAUCUACAUUGAGCUGAGCAAGGAAUGAGCUAUGGUUUUAUUUCUGUAGUGCAUUGUCCUCAUAAUCCUGCUGCAAAAUUUCAAUCCUCCAGUUCCAGUGGCUACUGUGAUAUAACCUCUGUUCAAUAUCGACCGACUACCGUUGCCAGGGAACAAAUAAGAUCAAAUUUAUUAAUCAUUGACUUUUUCUUUUGAGGUAAAAAAGAGAUGCAAUUGAACACAUGCCCUUUAAUUCAAAUAGAAUUAGUAAUGUGGUAUUUGCCACACAGAAAUGAGCCCAUUUGGCCCAGCGGGUACAUUACUGGGGUUUAUGGUUUGCAGAAACCUCCCUCUGCUCUUCAUCCAACCCUCUUCGCAGAAAUCUUUUACUGUUUUCUCUUUUGUGUGUUUAUCUCGCUUCCCUAGCACCUAUGCAGUUAGUCUCAGCUACUCUUUUAGAGUAUUCUCACAUCAUUGCGCUACCCUUAUUUCUGUAAAACUGCUUUAAUGGGGGGGAAGGAUGAUGGAUCUAGACCAAAGGAUUAGUAGGUUACAGUUCUUUGGGCUCUUCCUGCUACAUAGCAGUAAACACAUUAAAUGAUAUCUUGCAAUUUUCAAUGUGACAAUCCAUUUGUUUGCAGUUUUUAUGGUUUUAAAUGGUCCCUCUUUUGAGUCUGGGCGUUUCUGUUUGACCCAGUAGGGAGUUUGACAAUGAGGUGAUGAUAUGAGGAGAGAAGAGAAUAAGAUGUUUGUGGAAAGAAACCAGGACAGUGAAGACUAUUGGUUGUCCGUUGUGUUUAAUUAAGACUCCUUCGGAGAAGGGGAAGCGAGAGUUUCACAUUGGUUCUUAAAUGACCAUUCCGAAGUUGGACAAUUUGCCUUCUCCGGGAGCACUGUAAUCUGACCCUGCUGGUGCAUGGCCCUUGUGCUGGUGAGAAAUUCCUUCCGUGUUUGACUGGUCGUGUUAAUAACAGAUAGCUGUUAUUGUUAAACCACCUCUUCCACUUGGGGGUCGGUUGUUUUGCAAUGAUCCUUUUUUUAAUGUUGAUAGGACAAAUACUUGUUAAAUCCUCUACUGCAUUUAAAUUGGCCAGAUUUCAGAAAUGUGUAGAUGACUCAAGUGUAUUGAGAUGACCCAAUAUUUGGUUGUACAGAACAUAAAUGCAAGGAUGGUUUGAGCAACUGUGUAUACAUUUUCUUAAUUUCUGUAAAUAAUAAACAUUAACCUGGUUUUAA